ACAAAUUCAGGAAUAUGGCCCAACUAGAGACCUCCAGCGACAUCGUCUCAAACCGAGGCCGCUCUCUCGAGCCCAAGGUUCCUGUUUUCUUCGAUGUCUUGAACAAUCUCUGGGAUCCGGAAUUGAACUCCGAUGGGAUAGUCAAUCUUGGUCUGGCGGAGAAUGCUUUGAUGCAAACUGAGAUGAGGAAAUUCAUCAACUCCCAGCCACCGGUCGAAAACCAUGCCUUGACAUACGGUGAUGGAUUCUCUGGAUCCAAGAAACUCAAGGCGAGUGUCUGCCGUUUCCUCAAUAAGCAAUUCCGACCGAUCACCCCGUUACUUCCUGAGCACCUGUGCAUUACCUCUGGGGCGAGUAACGCGCUUGAGAAUUGUGCUUGGGCUUUGUGCGAUCCGGGAGACCACAUCCUUGUUGGACGACCGUAUUGGACUACUUUCAGGACCAUCUUUGGGAAUCGGGCUAAUGUUAAUAUGCUUGAUGUCUCGCUACAAGGAAUCGAUCCGAUGGGGCUCGAGGCAGUUGACAGAUUCGAAACGGCAUUUAACCGGGCGAGAGAUGAAGGGAAAAGAAUCAAAGCCGUCUUGCUAUGCUCGCCGAAUAAUCCGCUGGUCACAGGCCGAUGUUAUUCCGAAGAUGUCCUAAAGGCGUACAUGAAGCUCUGCCAGAAGCUGGACCUCCAUUUGAUAUCCGAUGAGCUGUAUGGAAUCUCCGUCUGGGAUAAUCCGGAAAUGAGCGAUCCGACACCAUUCACAUCUGUCAUCGCUAUCGACACGGAGAAUCUCAUUGACCCGCGCAGGAUCCAUGCGGUAUGGGGUUUAAGCAAGGACUUUGGCGCGACUGGCCUUCGAGUCGGCGUUCUAAUCAGCCAGGCAAACAAGAACUUCCUCAACGCCUGCGAAAGCAUCUCGCUCAUGAACUUCCCAUCCAGCGUCGCUGACAGCAUCGUCGCGUCUCUCCUGGGAAACGAUUCAUUCCUCGAUACAUUUAUCUCCGAGUACCGGGCCCGACUAUCGUGGAGCUACCAGCACGUCACUAGUUUUCUCCGAGAGCACGGCAUCCCAUACCAACAGUCGAAUGCCGCCCUGUUUGUGUGGGCGAGGCUCGGCGAUGUGAUGAAAGGGCAGGACGAUGACACGAUCCUGCGUCGACUGCGGGCUGAGAAGGUUUACCUUACGUCUGGUGCCACUUCUGCUGCUGAGGAGCCGGGCUGGUUUCGGAUUGUUAUGGCGCAUCCACGGGUUGUUCUGGAUGAAGGGUUGACGAGGAUAUUGCGUGUUAUAAACACAGCUUGAUUUAUUAUAUGGUGUAUAUCAUCCUCAAACUGGAAGCUAUCCAAGUAUUUACAUCAGUAAUUAGCAUCACAU